AUGGGCGCCGGCGGCGGUGGGGAUGAGGAAGGAGAGGGGGGGACAGCGGGUUCGUUCAUAUACAGCUUCGUGGCGAGGGGGACAAUGGUGCUGGCGGAGUACACAGAAUUCACCGGGAACUUCCCGGAAAUCGCUGUACAGUGCCUUCAGAAACUUCCGUCCUCAAACAGCAGGUUCACCUACGCUUGCGACCACCACAGCUUCAAUUUCCUAGUUGAGGACGGUUACGGUGCGUCCGCCCUCCUCUGCUUGCUUCCCUCUCAGGAUGUAAAUUUUCUCCCGAUAUCCUGGUAAUCUGGUUGCUUAUGUUGGUCGCUCCUGUCGGGUAAUGUCAUAAUCACGCUAGAACUUUCAAGUGAGAAGGCUGCCACGUAAGUUUACUGGUUGAGAAGAUCAUAUUUGAUCUGUUGCCAUGAUCAGCAUUUCCAAUUGUAUCAAUCGUUUGUCAUCUGGAUACUGUCAACCAAAUACUGUUUUCUACAUUCUCGAGGAGCUUAGGCUUUGGUAGAAGAACAGACUCCUCGAGGCUACGUGCUAGGGAGAUGGGCUAAUGGCAGAACAAAGGAAAAAUAACCGGCGAAAUUAGGAGAACACUGGGCAGAUCCGUACCAAAGAGUAGAGCUUUGUCUUUCGUCUCUUGCUCCGAUAUCUUCAUCAUCCUAAUCACGGUACUUAUCCUGAUUCGGUGGUUGUACAUCUCAGGGAAUUUAUAAAUAGAUUGAAAAUUUGCUGGCAGAAAACGACCUUAGAUGCUAUUGUGUUAUCUCUAAUAUGAAAUGAGGAUAUUUUUGUUCCUGCCUGCACACGGCGUAAACUGGCCAACUGGUUCCCAAGUAGUAUAAAAAUAAAGUUAAUAGAGAUUGCAGCCUUUACCAGUCAACACCCGUAGGACUGAUGUGACAGCAUUUAAUCUUCAUUAGGCUCAGAGUCUGUGUUUAUCCGGCAGCUUUGUUCAGUGAUUGUGUAGUUUCGUAAGCCUAGAAGACCCCAUCACUCAUGCUUGCAAACAUUAUUUUUUAAAAUUAUUUAUAAGAUCAUAGUCAGCUCACUUUUUCACAGGAAGCGAGAGAAGGAUGAUCUUACCUUAAAAUACUUGUGUGAAGGUAGUGACUGGCUUGGAAUAUCUGUCAAUGUUGGAACUGUUUGCAUCCAGUAAAGAGGACUGCAUAGAGGAUUACCUGAAUGACUCAAAGCUGACAUCAAGAUUACGUCUAUGUUUGUGUGUGUGUGUGUGUUUACAACGUUUUCCUUUAUAUUUUACAUAUCCAUUAUCUUAUUUUUAUUUUUUCAUUUUUUCAUUUUUUCUUUGUUAAUUUUUCGUCCCUUUUUCUUUUUAUACGUAUAUAUGUGUUUCCAUAGUCUUUGUAACUUGGUAAUUUUGUUUUCGGGCAAUCAACAUGAAGGAAUAUAUUUAUAUUUUUAGAAAGCAUACUUCCAGUCCCCACAGCCAAUGUUUGUUAUGUUUUGGCUAGAAAGUAUGUGGAUUGGUGUGGUCUAUCAGGACAAGUAGUUUUAUCUAUUUGGGAAUCGCUUUUCUGAUUGUAUGCUACCACUGGACAUCAGACGAGCUCAGUAAUGAGGAUAAUAAUGAUGGAUAGGAGGCAUACUGUCAUGCAAUUCCCAACCUUUAGCAGUGGAACGACGAACAUGGCAUUUAUAAACGUGUGAGUUACACCAUGUGAUGAUGCUGAAAAUGGCGGAAAUAAAUGCUUGAAGGGUCUGAGCAAUAUAAAGUGAAUGUGCAUUGUUAAGAAAGUUAUAUGUAAGGUACUAUAAAUUUGACUAGGUUGUGUUGGAAUUGAAACCUGGCUUGUAGUGAACCGGUUCCUCUGAAUCCAGUCUCAGCAGCACCAGGAAGGCUUUAAUGUAGAUAUGCUGAGGAACAUGCUCAUUAGUGUUUGACGUGUGUAGUUUGGCUGCUCAGUUUUCAAAUAUUUGAUUAAGAAAGGGUGCAAUGAUCCACGAACACUAAAAAUGGACCAGAUUUAACUUUAAUUAGUUAAAAACACAAAUUAAUUUGAAAGUUAAGCUCUCAUUCGAAAUACACUCGUAUUUGGAGCUGGAAUAUCCCAGUUUCCUUGUCACUUGAAAGAACCGUCAUGCUGUAAACCGAUUUGGGUUCACGAAGUCUGAGAUAUUGUAUGCACCAUCAAGAAUGUAAAUAACGCAAAAGAUUACCCACUGAACAUUUAUGUCAGAUAUAAUGAUGUACAAUAUUAUAUGCACUAUAAUAUUCUUAUUCUCUUCGUUUACGAUGAAAAGGGAAGGAUUAGCUUCUGAACGCAAAUUUCCACUUAUUAAUUCGUCCAUCUUCUAUCUAUGUAUCUACUACAUUUUAUCCAGUCUUUGGCAUUAAUAAACGAUGACUAAUGGGGUUAUUGUUCCUCUCUAAUUUACUUAUAAAAAAUUAUUCAAGAAAACCUAAAUCCUAAGGUCAGAAUGGUUCAUCCAAUCUUAUCCUUUUAAUCACUAUACAAUAAGAAAAAGGGCAGGGAGAAGAAAGUUCGUGAUCAUUUGAAAAAUAUCUUAUCAUGCACCUGGAGGCUCCCAGAGUUUGUAAUGGUUUUCCUUAUUCUAAGGUUGAUGGACUAGAUAUCAUUAUUUCUGUAUAAAAUAGUAUGCAACGGGUGAAAUCUCGAGUUAUUAUUAUUUUUUGGCUCUCCUUUGUUGAACUGAUAUCUAAUCUUAUUUAUUUCCACAGCAUAUUGUGUUGUUGUUAAAGAAUCUGUCGGGAAGCAGAUCUGCAUGGCCUUUCUAGAACGUCUAAAGGUGGACUUCAAAAAAAGAUAUGGAGGUGGUAGAGCAGAUACAGCUCUUGCCAAAAGCCUCAACAAAAAAUUUGGGUAUGUUUGUUGAAUUUGUUCCGGUUUUUGUUCAUUUUACUUCAUCGGAAGACGCGUUCAUUUGUUGGAGCGUUGAUCAACUAUGCAGUCCUGUUAUAAAGGAGCAUAUGCAAUACGUCAUCGAGCAUGCUGACGAGCUCAUUAAGCUUCUCAAGGUCAAGGCCCAGGUUUCAGAAGUCAAGAGCAUCAUGCUGGAAAAUGUAGAGAAGGUACUUGGGUUACCCCGCUCCCGUCUGUUUGGCUUCUCUGUAGCGGUCAUUAUUUGGUCUGCAAAUCUGCGGCGUUUCAACGAGUAGGAAUUAUCUCACGGGCGACAAUCGAAUGCUUCACAGAACAAACGACGAACGAUUGGUAUUACUUUUAACCAUAUAUGAACCUACCUAGAUCCAAAAACUUGAACACCGUUUCCAACUCUCUCUCUCUCUCUCUCUCUCUCUCUCUCUGUCUAUCGAUGUAUCUACUGUCACAGGGACCUGCUGAGGCUUCUAGCCUUUCCUUCUCCUUUUUUCAUUGUGUUUUCAUCUGGUUGACCACUGUUCUUCCCUCUCCUUCAUCAGAACUUAAACCCAGUGGGUUUUCUUUUCAGGCCGUGGACAGAGGGCAGAAGAUCGGUGAUCUGGCCGAGAAGGCAACAGACCUACGCUGUCAGGUUGUUCUUCCUAGCUUAAACAACCCACUCCUUUUUUGGUUGCUAAGGGGCCACCCAGACCCAUUUGAAAUCAUUUUUGGCAGGCACAGGAUUUCAAGAAGAAGGGGGGUCAGGUCCGCCGCAAGAUGUGGCUUCAGACCAUGAAGGUCAAGCUGGUCGUCCUCGUCGUCCUCCUCCUACUCGUCCUCAUCGUCUGGGUCACCGUCUGCCAGGGAUUCGACUGCACCAAGUAG